AUGGGAAAAAUCAGAGGAUGGGGAAAUCAAACAAUCAUUACAGAAUUUAUUAUCCUGGGAUUUGGAGACAUCGAAGAGCAGCAGUUUGUUCUCUUUCUGUUGUUUGUCGUCAUCUAUAUUUUUACCAUUGCAGGAAAUGUUCUUGUAAUUGGAUUAGUUGUGUCCAACAAUCACCUUCAUACCCCAAUGUAUUUCUUCCUUGGAAACUUGUCCUGCUUGGAGGCAUUCUACAUUUCUACUAUCGUGCCAAAACUAAUGUCCAUCAUCUUGACUGGAGACAAAGCCAUUUCAGUUGAAGGGUGUAUAGCACAGUUUUACUUCUUUGCCUCACUGGCUGCUACUGAAUGUGGUUUGUUAGGUGUCAUGUCUUAUGACCGGUAUUUAGCAAUAUGUAAACCACUGCAUUACAUUACAAUUAUGAAUAGUAGGCUCUGCCUCCAUCUGGCAGCUGGGUGUUGGCUCAGUGGCUUUGUCGCAAUGUUGGGAACUCUAUAUUUGAUGUCAAAAUUAACCUUCUGUGGUCCAAAUACAAUCGAGCACUUCUUCUGUGAUCUUACCCCAAUAAUGAACAUUUCUUGUGGCAAAACACAUGAGCUGGAUCUUUUGGCCUAUAUGCUGGCAUUUGUGUUCAUCUUGCCCCCAUUUCUGUUAACUGUGAUGUCCUACAUUUUCAUCAUCACAACUGUCCUGAAAAUCCCAAGCAUUUCUGGGAGACAAAAAGCCUUAUCAACGUGCUCAUCUCACCUUACUGUGGUGACCAUUUUCUAUGGAUCAUUAAUCAUUGUCUACAUGCUUCCAAGGACUGAAACAUUGAGGGAAGUCAAUAAACUGUGCUCUGUUUUUUAUACCAUCCUAAUACCCCUAGUCAACCCCCUUAUCUACAGUCUGAGAAAUAGAGAAGUGAAAGAGGCUCUUAGGAACACUUUCCGGAAAUGUAUGUCAUAG